CACGAGUGAGUCUGCAAAUUCAAAAUGGCCGGAGAAAUACGGGGUGGUUUUAAUUUUGAAAAUUGUAAUAGGUACAGUGUCUUUAUUUAUGAAUAUAUGAACCAAAAUACAAGGUAUUUAUACACUUUCUUAUCCUAGGAAUGCUCUUUUGGAAAAAGACGGGCUGAAACCCCCGAAAGCUCUGAAAACUGGCACUACAAUUUGCGGGAUAGUUUAUAAAGUAGGUUUAUAUUAUAUAGAAUUUUGUUGAAAGUUUUUGGCAGAAAUGUGCCAUAGGAUAGAGGCUAAAGAGUUGUUUUAUUUCCUACAGGAUGGGGUGAUUCUUGGUGCAGAUACAAGAGCUACUGAGGUUUGAAGAGUCUUUUAACAGAGACAAAUAAUUUGUCACUUGGAUUGCCUUAAUUAUAGAACCAUUUAAUAGUUAAAAGUUUUAUAUGAUUGGUUGCGGUAAAUCGCGUCAUUACACCACUGAGAAGAUUACCCAUAUAUUAAAGUUUUGUUUGUUCAUUAUAGGACACCAUUGUUGCAGACAAAAACUGUGCAAAGAUUCAUUACAUUGCUCCCAAUAUGUAGUAAGAAUUAUUGGUUAUUCUAUUAAAUGGUGGGAUCAACCUCAUGAGUAUUAUAAAUCUUACUGCCUCGUACCCAGACACUUUGGUUUGUUUACAUCAUUAUUAAGCACACAUGGAAAUCGAUCAAAUUGAUCCACGCGGCCCACACAAGCCAUAGAACAUAGUGCCUGGGUAUGAGGCAGAGUAAUCUUAGCCAUGGAACAGUAAUUAUUCUAUUUAGUUAGGAAUAUGAUUAGCUAACGGCAUUGUUUAUUCUUUCAGCUGUUGUGGUGCAGGGACUGCCGCAGAUACGGAAUAUGUCACAAAUCUCAUAUCUGCAAAAUUAGAGCUACACAGUCUGAACACCGGCCGACAAGUAAACCUACUUGAAUAUCCUAUUGCUUCACAAAGCUUUUGAAGUUUUGCAGAAAAUUUAUAAUGUAUUCUAUUUUGUUUAGGCUCCAGUUGUGUCUGCUUGUCGUAUGCUGAAACAGUUGCUGUUCCGGUAAGAUCUAAGUAAAAAAAUGACUUUACAGUAUUUAGAUUGGAUAGUUCCAGUCAUAAACUGUUUUCCCUAGAGGUCCAGUUAGAGUCAUUCCUUACUAUCACUUACUUUCCAACAGGUAAUAUGAUAUUGAUUUUCUGUAGAUAUCAAGGUUACGUCAGUGCAGCUCUUGUCCUGGGUGGCGUAGAUUACACUGGACCUCAUCUCUACACCAUUCAUCCACACGGCAGCACUGAUAAACUACCCUUUGUGACAAUGGGUAAGGUUAUAAAACACAUGGAAAUACAGUCCUACACUGCCCUCCGAAGGAACAAAGCUUUAGUGUUGUUAAUAAUUUUAAUACGUUUGUUGAAUAAAAGUCUCAAUUUCAUUCAGGUUCUGGAUCACUUGCAGCCAUGUCGGUUUUUGAGUCACGAUAUACACCGAAUAUGGAGGUAAUUUUGAUGACAUUGCUGACGAUUGGAUAACACUUGCAUUUAAAUAGACAGACUGAUUUACAAACAAGCAAUUAAACUAACAAAAUACUGAAGAAACAAACUAGAGUAUCACAACAAAACAGACAACUUAGUAGCACCACCUUGCAAAUAAACAAACAGAUAAAAGGUCUGGAUAUACAACCAGAAUGGUGAUGAAACAAAGUGAUAAAUAAACAAGCAGCAAAAGGAACAAACAUUUGAACAGAUAUACAAGCAGAGUGACCAUGAAUGAACAGAUAAACGUACUGUAGGCUGACAUUCCUGUAAAAAAUCUUGAAAACUAUUAAUACUUCAGGUUGAGGAAGGAAAAGCAUUAGUCCGCGAUGCAAUUGCUGCUGGAAUAUUCAAUGAUUUGGUAUAAAUCAACUUGUUUUAAACUAAACAUUGGUGUUAUUGAAAUAAGCAGUCUUAUCUCAUUUGAACUUUUUUUCUUACUAGGGUUCAGGCAGUAAUAUUGAUAUCUGUGUUAUAACACGGGAAGGUGUUGAAUAUCUUAGACCAUAUGAUGUAGCCAAUAAGAAAGGAGUACGUCAAGGACAGUACAAGUAUCGGCGAGGCACAACAGGUUAGAUCUGUCAGAUUACUCCCA